AUGUCGAAUCCAAAGAAUUAUGCUCAGGGUGGUUACGCAGGCUACGGCUCCUAUGGCGCGUCCAAUCCUACGAAUGCAGGAGGGGAGACGAAUCCCGCAUGGGCGGGAUCUUACGGGGUAGCCGGCGGCUAUGCUUCAUACGCGAAUACGGCUAGCUAUCCCUUAGCCAAUCUGCAACAACCUCCCGCGCCCGCGGGCAACGCGAUUCCGACGGGGUUAUACAACCCGCCCUCCAGCAUGACCGCCGCGCCGUUGUACAGCCAACCCCCCCAGCCCACCCCCCCAACCGCGACUAGUGGCUAUCCUAAUUACUUCUCCAACGGACUUGGGGGGUAUCCUCCUCAGGAUAGCGCGUCGAAACCCCCGCAAGCGCCUCAUCCGCAGGCUAGCAUCCCGGGCGUGGCGUCCGCUUCUCACGCUCCUGUGGGAGGCGAAGGGGGGGCGUCGUAUGCGGCCUCCAACCAGAGUUUUCACAUGAUCCCCACCUCGCCGAUGGGGGGGUAUUCAAACACGAGCGCGAGCGCCCACAACCCACAGGUGGUCUCCUCUCCGGAUAAUUCCUACCUGAGGCGAACCUCCUACUCCCCGAGCCCGACGUCGGAGACGAACUCUCUGCAAAAAACUAAGAUGAUGAAUCCCGGAAAGUUCACCCACCCGCGCGUCGUUCCGAAUCGUUCGGUGGAUAUCAGCAGUGCGCCGAAUCCUUCCCGUGAUAUCGUCUACCCCACCGUUCCCCAGGAGAGCUACACGAGCGCCUCCAUUCAGCCCUUCUCGACCGCGGACUUUGUCGGCAUCGACGAUGGCAACGCCAACCCGAAGUUCGUCCGCCUCACGCAGAAUCCCGUUUUUCUCAACAAAACGCAGCUGAACGACGCGGAAAUCCCCUUCGGCGCGGUGCUUUCACCCCUCUACCAGCCUCUCCACGAGGCGGAAAGGGUGCCUUUGGUGGAGGAUCGCCCUCCCAUCCGCUGCCAGCGCUGCCGUGGUUACCUAUCCUGCCAUUCGAAGUUCAUUGAAAUGGGGCGAAGGUGGCAGUGCACCUUGUGCGAGAUGAUGAACGACGUCGAGGACUAUUUUUUUGCGAAUUUGGACGUCAAAGGGUCUCGGGUGGAUCGCCUGGAGAAGCCGGAGCUUUGCCGGGGCACCGUGGAGUACGUCGUGGAUGCCUACCCCGAGUAUUCGCUUUACACCGACAAGAAUGAGCUGAUCCCGACGCGGCCGCUGCACUAUUUAUUCCUGAUCGACAUUUCCAAACCCGCCCUGAUGUCGUUCCUCCCGCAGUACGUCGAGGCGGUGGAGAGUGCGGUGGUGGGGAUGGCCGCGACGAACCCGCGGCUUCGGGUGUCCUUCAUCACCUACGGCUCGCGGUUGCAUUUUUACAACUUCCGCGACCCCCGCCUCCCGCAGUUUUGCGUCCCCGACGUCGAUCACCCGUUCGUCCCGAUCCCGUUCGCGACGGUGGGGUGGUUGGAGGUCGGGGCCGAUCUCGAGCGCAUCCGGGCCUUCCUGCACGGCGUGCGGCGCUACGCGGGGGAUUUGCAGGAGCCCGGCUGCGUCCUCGGCGCCGCCGUGCAGGCCGCGAUGCUCGUCCUCGCCGGGCAGCACGGGGGGCGGGUCAUUCUCGCUGCGCACGGGCCCCCGCAGGUCGGGAUCGGCGCGUUGCCGCCGCGGGAUCCCGCGAAAAUGGCGGCCGGCGAGCCCGAAAAGGAGGCGUUGCGGCCUCGGGAGGGGUUUUGGACGACCACCGCGGCCGCCGCGGCACGGCAGCAAAUCGCCUUUGAUCUUUUUCUCUUCCCCACCGCGCCGUGUGGGGAGUUGGUGACGUUGUCGUACCUUAGCCACCUCACGAAUGGCGGGGUCCACCUCUUCGCGAACUACGACGCGAACGUCGACGGCACGAAGGUGCGCGCGUUGAUGGAGCAAAUCGCCACGGAUGAAUCGGGCUACGCCGGGAUCCUCCGCGUGCGUUGCAGCACCGGGCUGAAGGUGCAGCGCUAUCACGGCCAUUUUUGGUCGAAAACAACGCAUGAUAUGGAUUUGGCGUCGAUCAGCGGGGGGUCGACGUUUUUCGUCGAGUUUGCCCACGAGGACGUCUUGGAGAAGCAGUCCUACGCCUACUUCCAGGUCGCCCUUCUUUACACGACGCGGGGGGGAAGUCGACGGGUUCGCGUGCAGUCCGUCCGCGCGAUGACGGCGAAUAACCUCUCCCACGCCUUCACAGGGUCCGAUCUGGAGGCGGUGCUCGCGGGGUUUAUUUACAAAUCCCUCGAUGAGGCGGUCAACAAGGGCCUUAAACAGGCCCGGGAGUACCUCAACGUGCAUCUUGUCAACUCCCUCGCGAACUAUCGCCGGUAUUGCACAAAGAUGUCGAACUCCAAGGCGUUGCUCAUGCCCUCUCGCCUGAAGCUCCUCGCGCUUUAUAUCUUGUGUUUGCUGAAAUCCGAUGCGCUGACGGAGGGGCCGGGGGUCCGGAUUGACGAGCGCGGUGGCUGCAUCUUUAAACUCCUCUCGAUGCCGAUGAACCUCCUCCUUUCCUACCUCUACCCUGCCCUUUACAGCCUGCACGAUACCAUCGGCGAGGGCUCCGGUUAUGGCUUGAUGAACGAAAUCACGCAGCGCUGCAACCUCCCACCCCGUCAGCAGCUUAUCUAUGAUAACAUCGUCACCUGUGGGGUGUAUUUGCUCAGCGAUGAGCAGGCGCGGGUGGUGUAUUUGUGGAUCGGCUCGCAGGUGACGCCGGAGGUGGCGGAGGUGCUUUUUGGGGUGCCCGAUGCGAAUAUGGUCUACCGCGGCGAUCACGGCGCGACCUUCGACCACUUCGACGUGCGUCUUCAGAACAUCAUCUGCGCGUUGACCUACCGCGAUGACGGGAUGCGGCGGCUCGUCGUGAUUCACCAAGGCGAACGCGCCGAGGAGGCCUUCUUUAAGCAGCUGAAGGAGGAAAAAGGACCGGGUAUGUGUGGCUACGAUGAGUGGUUAUCGCAGAUCCAUACCAAGGUGAGAAACAGUGUUAUGUAG